AUGGAGUUAAGGCUCGUCUUGGAGGGCAUCUGGACAACUUCUCAUUGGACCAAUGAACGUCAUCCAGCCAAAACUGAUGCUCCACAGCGCGGGUGUCACAUUACUGCAGCCUCUUCGAGCGAAUUCCCUCUUCUCGCGGACACUACCAGAUACCGCAGAUUUGUCCGGACGUCUAGCCUCAAACGUGCACAAUCAUGCAUAGGAAUAGUGUGUCGGCUCGGAUAG